AGAGCACAACCGUCCGCUCUAAAAGUGGGUGAUAUAGUGUGUGAGAAAGUGUGUGUGUUUAAGUGUGUGUGAGAAGGUUUCUGAGUGUGAGAGUGUGUUUCAGACAGAAACAAGGUAAGAAAAAGAAUGACGGACGUUGAGAAACAGACAUCAUCAGAGAAGAUGGAGGGUGGAGACGUGGAAGCUUCACUGGCCCCACCUCCAUACCCCACCGACCCCGCCUCCAUGCAGCCCCCUCCUUAUGCCGCCCCUCCCUACCCCUACGGUUUCACAGUCUACCCCACUCAGCCUCUGGAACCGCCGGGUGAAGACGUUCCGCCUCCAGUGCAGGAUGUUAACAUCCAGGACUUGCCAGCAGGGGGCGCAGCUGAAGAUGAGAUCAGAGCGUCCGCGUCAGCGUUCAUUAGUUCAGCGUUUGAUGAUAAAACUGUGAGAAAAGCCUUCAUCAGGAAGGUGUUCAGCGUGGUCACUCUGCAGCUGUUGGUCACCUUCUCCGUGGUGUGUGUGUUUACUUUCUCGGAGAGGGUGAAGAAAGCUGUUUCGAAGAACAUCUGGAUCUACCUCAGCUCCUACAUCAUCUUCGUGGUGGUGGCACUGGCACUGUCCUUCUCCUCAUCCCUCACCCGCAAACACCCAUGGAACUUAAUCUCCUUAUCAGUGGUGACACUCAGUUUGUCCUACAUGGUUGGUACUGUAGCCUCUUUCCACGACACCCCUGCUGUGAUCAUUGCGAUGGGAGCCACACUUGUGAUCUCCUUCACUAUCAUCAUCUUCUCUGCUCAGACACGUUUGGAUUUAACGCUGUGUAACGGCAUCCUGCUUGUCCUAGCUGUGGAUCUGCUCAUGUUCGGGUUCUUCAGUAUCUUUUUUUACUCUAACAUCCUGCAGGUACUUUAUGGCAGUCUCGGAGCGCUGCUCUACGCUAUGUUUCUGGCUGUCGACUGUCAGCUGGUGCUGGGGCGAGAUAAAUACAGCCUGAACCCCGAGGAGUAUGUCUUCGCCGCUUUAAUCAUCUACCUUGACAUCAUCACCAUCUUCCUCUACAUCCUCAUCCUCCUCGGAGGAAGCUCCAAAAGCUAAACACUUCUGAACAUCUCAGUUCUGUAUCACGGAUUACCAUCAUUAUCGCCUGGUUUAAUCACACACACACACACAAACCCUAGUGGAGAGGGUUUCACCACUAACUCCAUGCUGGUUUCAGAAGCAGAUCUAAAGCUUGAAGCUGGAGGUCCAUCAGCGCUGUCACAUUUUCUAACAUUAAUAAUCACUUCGUCUGUACAGACAGAGUGUUUAACAGGGGCGAAGAGCACACUCACUGUCUGAGGGUGAGGGUGAGGGGUUGUGUGUGUAGGGGUGAGGGGGGGGGGGGGUGUAGGGGUGAUGUUUGCCCUCACCAUCCUCUGAAGCUACUGAAACUGGGUUUGAUGUUUUCAUUUUUUUUCUCAUUUUAGAAUGAUUUUGCGCGCACACACACACACACACACAGUUACACACUUUGUGCUGUUGAACAUUACGAUGAUCUCUUUCUCUCUAACAAGUUAAAAAACUGAAGCAGAGCGACACAGCUGCGUGUAAAUCAGGUUUUAUUAUACAACCUUCACAUGUGAACCUCGUGAGGUAAAAACAUUAAAACUUUACAAUAUAAAGAACAAAAUAUAACUGUAA